UCCCCGUCUUCUCCCCUCUUUUAUCCAAGUGUUCGUGGUCCCCUCAUUCCCACAGCGACUCAGAGCCGUGGAGCGUCACAUGCCACCAUGAGUGUCCUGACGCGCAGUUUCCUCUUCCUCCUCCUCCUCUGCCUCCCCAUCCUCACCGAGGCCAAGCGGCAGUCUGGUGAAGGGAAACCUGAAAAACCCCGCCAGCCACCAACAUCCUCCCCACCUGCCAAGAGGGCUAGAAAUCGCUCGGUGCCCGGCUCUGGGGAGCUGACCACCAAGGAGGGCCAUCGCUGCAUUUGGCAGACGUCUGGUGAGGGCAUGGUGAGCCUGCUGGUGAACUGCACCACUGAAACACUGGGAGACCAGCAGAGGUAUUGGUGCCGUUACGCCGGUAAACCAGACCUUUGCCAGGCCUAUGGGGUGAAGUCCAGCCAGUACUGGAAGCAGCUGGUGGGGAAGCUGAAGAAGAGGCAGAACGCCUGUGACGGAGAGAAAGUCCUGAAGGCCAAAACCUGCAAGAAGGCUCCGGCCGAGGCCCACAUGAAGCUCGCCCAACGCAGUGGAGAGGAGGAAAAGAAGGGAGGAAAGGAAGGAGGGAAGAAGAGAGUAGCACCAGCCAGUAAGAACUCAGACGGAGGGAAGUCAGAGAGGAAGAAGAAGAAGGAGGAGGAGGAGGAAGAGGAGAAGAAGAAGAAGGAGGAGGAGGAGAGGACUGGGUUUGAUGAUGAAGGGUUGGUGAACGACAUGGAGCCGGUGCAGAGUUACUGCAGCGAGGGAUGGCACUCCGUCUGCUCGUUCUUUGUCAAGUUUUUUGAGGGUUGAUUGGAAAUUGUAUAAAAAAAAUGUAAAGCUCAUUUUUGUUACACGAUGGCGUGAGUUCACAAUCUGAAAACAACCGUUAUAAAGAUGUUUUUUGAAGUACAAAGUAAAAGCGGAGUCAAGAUUUGGUCAUAAAACAUAAAACACUUUGUUAAUAUGAGCUGUUUUACAAAUGGGGCCACGUGGCGUCUAGACUGCAAUAGUGAAGUGACAAUUUAAACUUGGCAAUCUGAACUUUGUAAAAAUUAAAUCAGACCUAUUAAUAGUGCAUGAGAGCCACACUUCAUUAUAAAUGUCCCUCAAAGUCACACAGACCAUCUGCUCAUGUAAAUCCUCAGUGGAGGGAACAGAUUAUCUGAUUAUUUGUGAGUUCAGUUUGUGAUAAUGGAGCAUAUUUAGCUUUGGGUUGUGUUAUGUCAUUGUCGUAGUUUUGCUCUCUAGAAAUGUUCAAUCAGAUGAAACAGAUGCUAAAGUGACAAUAAACUGUGUAAUGUUGGAACUGUCUAACAAAUAAAAAUAGUGUUUUGGUGAACAAUCAGUCAGUGAUCAUCACUGAUGGUAAUGGUGAUUAUAGUAGUGAUAACUAGUUGAAUAGUUUAUUCUGUGAUGUGUAACUAAUAUUUUCUAUAAACUUUGUGUAACUGUUUUGUAAAAGCAACCUGGUUACAGUUGGAUAUGAUUCGUGGCAGUUAGUCCUGUGCAGCAUUUUUUAUAUUUUUUUCAAAGAAAUGUUA